AUGGAGGUCGCGGAGCCCAUGAAGGUGGAGGUGCCCAGGCUGAGUGACCUGCUCACCAGGGACCCUUACCUCACCAAGUACGAGAAGGAGAUCAGACGAAGUACAGAUGGCUGGAAUAAACUGAGUCAUCCUUUUAAAAAACUGGAAUAUGGGAAAUGGGAAAUAUCAUUACCAGCAAACCCUGAUGGUUCAUGUCCCAUUAAACAUACAUCACGAGUUAAGAUUGGCGUGAUGAUGUCAUUGGAUCAGAUAAGUCUACUAACCCCAAAGGACAUGAUGGUGGACAGAUUAUGCCCAUGGGCAUCAUAUGUGGUGCAGCCACCCAAGACAGAGGGACUAGCAUAUCAUCAUCACUUCUGGAACCCCCCACCUGAAGAGAGGUACUCGUUCAAACAUCCUCGUCCUGACAAACCUAUCAGCUUGAAGGUGUACGAGUGCCACAUUGGUAUUGGCACUGACCAGCUUAAAGUUGGAACCUACAAGGAAUUCUCUAGGAAUGUUCUGCCAAGGAUAGUGAAACUGGGUUAUAAUGCCAUCCAAGUAAUGGCAAUCAUGGAGCAUGCAUAUUAUGCCAGCUUUGGCUAUCAGGUCACCAGCUUCUUUGCUGCAUCAAGCCGUUAUGGUACACCAGAGGAAUUAAAGGAGAUGAUUGAUACAGCACACUCCAUGGGUCUGUUUGUCCUCCUAGACGUUGUUCACUCGCAUGCCUCGAAGAAUGUGCUUGAUGGCCUUAAUGAAUUUGAUGGCUCAGACUCCUGUUAUUUCCAUGGUGGCUCAAGGGGAACUCAUUCUCUUUGGGACUCUAGGCUCUUCAAUUAUUCCAAUUGGGAGGUGUUGCGUUUCCUGCUGUCAAACCUGCGAUGGUAUCUUGAAGAAUACAGAUUUGAUGGUUUCAGAUUUGAUGGUGUGACUUCCAUGCUGUACCACUCGCAUGGUAUUGGAGAAGGUUUCAGUGGCCAUUAUGACGAGUAUUUUGGACUGAACGUGGACACAGAGGCACUUGUUUACCUCAUGCUAGCCAAUCACAUGCUUCAUCAGCUUCACCCUGAAGUCAUCACCAUUGCUGAGGAUGUGUCUGGAAUGCCAGCCUUGUGUCGGCCAGUUGAAGAAGGUGGUACUGGCUUUGAUUAUCGGUUGGGAAUGGCAAUCCCUGAUCACUGGAUCAAACUUCUUAAAGAAAAAGCCGAUGAUGACUGGGAUAUGGGAAGUAUUUGCAACACGCUGGAGAAUCGGCGCUACUUGGAAAAAACUAUUGCAUACGCAGAGUCACAUGAUCAGGCUCUUGUAGGGGACAAAACAAUAGCAUUCUGGCUUAUGGAUAAAGAGAUGUAUACCAACAUGUCCAAGAUGUCUCCUCCAUCUCUGAUUAUAGACCGAGGAAUUGCCCUUCAUAAAAUGAUCCGGCUCAUCACUCAUGGUCUUGGUGGCGAAGGCUAUCUCAAUUUUAUGGGCAAUGAAUUUGGCCACCCAGAAUGGCUAGACUUCCCUAGAGUUGGAAAUAAUGAGAGUUAUCAUUAUGCACGGAGACAAUGGAAUGUGGUGGAUAACGAUCUGCUCAAAUACCAGUACCUGAAUAAUUUUGACGCUGCAAUGAACAAACUUGAGGACAAGUACGGCUGGCUCCAUGCUGAUCCAGGAUACACAAGCACAAAACAUCAAGGGGAUAAAGUGAUUGUGUUUGAACGUGCAGGCUGUGUUUUUGUCUUCAAUUUCCACCCCAAUAAGAGCUAUAGUGAUUACAAGAUUGGUGUAGGUGCUAGUGGUAAAUACAAGAUAGUUUUAGAUUCUGAUUCUGAAGAGUUUGGUGGCCACAAGCUUAUUGAUCAUAGCACUGAUUUCUUCACUAAAGAGGAACCUUUCAACAAUCGACCACGUUGCCUUAUGGUGUACAUUCCAAGUCGUGUUGCGAUCAUCUUGGCAAAAGUGGAUUGAAAAAAUUCCUGUCUACAAGGAUUGUUUUAUAGUAAUUUAUAUAUACUAUAUAAUGACAUGUUGAUACUGGAAGCUCCCCAGUAUUCCAGAAAAAGAAAUUACUCGGUAAGUUAGCAAAUGUAUUGGUGCUUUCAUUACAAAGAAAUAAAAAUACUGUACUAGAUUUGCAAGAUUUAACAAUUUUUGUGUAAAAUCAGCUUUUAGAAAUAAUGUGAUUCAUGUUAGUGUGAUACGUACUAUAUUUAAUGGGGGAGAAAGACUUAGGAUAUGCAUACACUUAACCUAGCUUCACUAUGCCAUGGGAAUAGGAAAGAUUUUCAGUGUUCUGUUGAAGUGACACCAGCAAAAUAGCCAGUUAAAGUGGCAUAAUAGAAUACAGUGGACCCUCCCUUUUCAUCUUUAAUUCGUUACAGAGAGUCCAACGAAAUGUGAAAUCGACUAAAACUGAAACCUUUUUCCCCAUAAGAAGUAAUGUAAAUCCAUUUCAGACAUCCAAAAGUUUCAACAAAAAAUACAUUUUAUAGAGAAGAACUGUAUUCCACAGCUUAUUUAUCUGUCAUAAUUCAUCAAAUAUGACAAAAUAAACAAUAUUAAUAACAUAGAAACACGAUAUAUACUCUAGAAUGAAUGAAAUGUGUCAUUACGUAUGUGAGGAGUAAGUGAUGGUGGUGGUGAUGUUGUUGGGUUUAUAAGGACCAUUGAGAGAAGCCAUACUUAUUAGUGGUAGGCAGCAGCAGAAGCCACCAACACUAUUCACACAAACAAUGUACGUAAUUUAUAAAUAAGAAAUAGUAUUUACACUUACUGUACCUUGGAGAUGCUAGCAUUGGUUUAGGGUGGUGGAAGAUAGGCAGGGUAGUGUAUGUUUGUUAGUGCCCUAUAUACCUCAAACAACAAUGGAGGAGUCAGUUUUGUGUCGUCCUUUUUCUAUUGCGUAAUUGCUUAACUUACUUGCUACACUGUUAAUGCUACACUUUAUCACUGGCUGGCGCUAUAGCCUUUCGACUCCUGCUGCUGCUUUAGUAUCGUACACAUUGUAGAAGCAUUGAAUCACUGAAGAAGGCACAUUCUCCUUUCUCUUCCUCCUCCACUUUGGUACUUUGCUACGAGUUUUUUCUUGAAUUUUAUCAUGUUUCUCACCUUCUGUAUCAACGAGCUGACACUAGCAGCUUUCUUUGGGCCCAUGGUGACUUAUUUAGCAGUCACAUAAUUAACAAGUGCAAAAAACAAUGAAUUAUUAUGAAAUGUUUCCUGUGGCCUCACAGAAUAAUGUUCACCCACAUAGAAACAAAGCGAUACUGCCUCAGAAUGUGUGUGGGAGGCUUUGUGUGCGGUCAGCACUCAGACAGGUGUCAUACCACCGACGAGAACAGAGGAAAGCAACGGAAAUGGAGCCAUUAUUUUUACCGUACCACCGACUAGAACAGAGGAUAGCAACAACAAUGGUGCCAGUAAUUUUACGGAAAAAAUCGGCGAUAACGGAAGUGAGUGAAAAUAGAGCCCAACGAAAAGGGAGGGUCCACUGUAGCUUCUAUCCAUCUACGGUGUGAUAGGUCUCAAGGGAGGCUACUUGAUCCCAGUGAAAGGCUGUUGGUCAACUGUAUUUGACCCAACUUCCUCUUCUUUGUAGUGAAACUGAUUGCCUUUCAUUCCAGUAGGCAAUUUGACCCAUACAUGUUUAGUGUUCCCCCAUGAAUGCAAUACUGUAAUAUUAAGUCAAUAAUUUAAUAUUAUAAUGGAAACAUCUUGCUAAAAUUGCUAUUGAGUAUAUUUUUUUUACUAGUACAGUGUCAAACUAAAAUUUAAAAUAUUUCACAUGUACAUUAAUGUACAAUAUUCAAUCAAAUGUUUUCUAGUCAAUUUGUUUCUAGGAAUUACAUGCAUGCUAGUACUGUUUAUGUAGGUGCUCUAAACUAGUUGUACUGAUUAUAAUUUCAUGUUUAACUACUUUGACGAGGGAUCAUAGGAGCUAACUGAAACGCUAGGUUAGAUUUUAUUGUUUUACUAAUUAAAAAAAUUAUUUUUUA